UUUAUUUUUGGCCUGGAAGGGGGUUUUGUGUGAGCUCUGACCCCCCCCCUGAUUUUAUGGACCAGUUGAGUUCAGGUCCCCCUAGUAUCGUGAUGACUUUUUAAAGGGAGGUUUGACACAAAAUCACCAAUGGAUCAGCACAAGCAUCGCACUGCGGGGGUCCAGGAAAAGUUGGAGAUUGUUGGGGUGGAGGACGAGGCCGGUAACCCCAUCAGCGCCCUGACCAUCCUAUCCCUGCUGGAGCGUGUGGCCGGCAUCAUCGACAACGUCCAGUCCUGCCAGCAGCGCAUGGAGGAGCGUCAGCUGGAGCUGGAGAACAACAUCAAGGCCAUCCAAGGAGACGUCCUCAAGCUGGCCAAGGACCACAGCGACACCAACGGCACGGUGGAGAAACUCCUGCAGAAAACACGCAAAGUUAGCGCCAACGUGAAGGAGGUCCGGACGCGCGUGGAAAAGCAAAAUGUACGAGUCAAGAAGGUGGAGUCGACACAGGACGAACUGCUCACCCGCAACAAGUUCCGAGUGGUCAUCUACCAGGGAGAGACGGAGAUCCCAUCAGUGGCCGUUACCAAAACUCCUAAAGGCCCCACCCUGGAGAGUCUGGACAUUGAGCCGGACGCAUAUGACCUCCCCGCCGACCUCUCCUCGGAUGAGGAGUACCUGAGCGUGGAGGAGGCCGACCCCUCACGAGCGGCUCGCAUCAAGAAAUCAAUGGUGAAGAGCACGGAGACCCUAAAGGCCGCUUUCUCCAAGGAGAAUAUGACCAAAAGGAAAGACAACCUGGGAACCAGGUUCCACAACCUGGGCGAGAAGGUCAUGCCGCCGGAGCGCCGGGAGAGGAUGCACCAGGCCGGCGAGCGGCUCAAGCAGUCUGGCGAGCGGCUCAAAGAGAACAUCGCCAAGAAGGCUCCGACGAAAGAGACUUUUCGCAUCAAGUUGAAGAAGGAACGAGCCGUCGCUGAGGGGCAAGAGGGUGCAGAGGCUGAGGGUGACGUCAAGGCCAACGAAGAGGAGGCCACAGGUGGGGUACCAUACACAGAGGUUGCCCUAGAAACCAAGAGGGAGGGGCCAGUGGAGGAGGCCGGCGCCACCAGGAUACAAGAGGGAGAACUGAGGAAAUAACUAAACCGGAAACCUGACUAAGGAGGUAGUGGGACUUUGAAGGAAGAAGGUCUGUGAUGGAUGAUGGAGAUGAAGGAGUGAGAUUGCAAGAGUCAAAAUAUUACCAGAUUAUUUUUAUAAUCUGAACAGUUAGGCCAUCGUAUGUUGUUUUUAAACAGAAAAGUGAGAGGUUCCGAGAUUGAGAUGAUCAAGAUUAUCCGUCUGUGAGUCCAGAUCGUUAACAGGUUAAGAUGAAAGCAAAAGGAUGCGGACAUUUGUGUGAGACUCUCAUCUGUGGCUCCGAGUAAACCGGUUAGAUGAAACGAGCUUCAGUGGGUCGUUGAGAGAAGUCUUCAUCGGACUGGUUUCUGCAGCAGCGUUCAAACCCACGUGCGGCAUGUUGCUUCAAGUGUUUGCUUUGAUGUUUACACUCCUUAAAGUCCCACUCCUAUUAUCUCCUUGAUCUAUUGUAAACACGCUCCCAGUGGUCUUUAUUUUACUGAUUGUCAUUUUUAGCCUAAAUCAAAACACCUGUGUUGCUGUCUAGGACAUAGUUUCUACAGAGCGGCAGUUGUCCAUUAGAAAUUUACAACAGAGUAGUGGACGGGACUCUUGACACAGAGUAAGUCUUCCCUCAUUUCCCAUCAUCCUUCUAAAUUUAAACUUUCUCACUAGCUUUCAGCCCCUCACACCUCCGACCAAUAUUAGCGGUGCAACAAAAAUGAUGAGCAAUAUCGGAGCUAUCCAGCCUUACAGGAUUGAGCCAGAUGUCAGCUCAGACGAGGAAAACAAAGACGUACAUGGAUCUAGUCGUCUACAAGUGAAUGCAUCAGAAUGGAGCGGAGUGGGGAGCUUGACGCCUGCCCCGUGUAUUUUCUGCGUGAUGAAUUCGAAUCUUUUUCUAACAAAAUAGUUUUCAUCUGCUCCUGAUUCACAACAAUUUGAAUUAAAAAAAUGCUCAUGAAUGCAAUUUUCAUUACACCUUAUGUCCUCAAUUAUCAGAAUAAUGCCACAAUAAUAUAUUAAAAACCCUAAAAACAUCAUUUUUAUUGGAGGGGGUCUUUAAACUAUGGCUAUGUCCAAAUUCCCGCCCUAAUCCCUAACUACUAAAAAAUAUAUAGUGCGGGGCUAUGUAGUGCCAUUGAUUUUAAAAGCAAUUUGGACACAAUGCCCUCUACUUGUCUUUCGAAUAUGGCAUCAUUGAUUUCACAAGGUUAAAAUCUAAUUGAUAUCAGCGUUUUGCGACAAUCAUUCAUUAAUCUACUAUCUUCUGAAGAUAAAAACAUUGAAGGUUUAUCAAAAUUAUACAAUAAAGUACAUUUUCUUGAAAAGAAUUGUUCAGACAUAAUGCAUUGUGGUCUAUAUUUGCCAAUCUCAUGAGCAUCGAUGCACACUGGUUUUUCGCAGAGACUUCUGGGAAAUUUCUAGGGCACUUGAUUUUGGAAUUGUAUAUUCACUAUGUAGUGAGUAGUGAAGGAAUUCGGACACAGCAUAUAUCUUUAUUAAAUGUUUUUCUCACUGCUGCCUUAACACCUGAGUGGGUAAAUAACACUCACAGAAGGAACAUGGUGGAUUUAGGUCAGUCUGAGCUCUCAUGUUUAAUGGCUUCAUCAGCUUUUGUCUAAUUUUGGAGAAAGAAAGUUAGUUGAAGGGUAAAUGUUUAUUAGUCGGACCUCCUCUUUCCUCACAAUCCCAGAUUUUAAAAUUUUCAGCACAACAACCAUAAAACGCUUUAAAUGUGUCCAAUAAAAGAUCUGCUUUCUUGUUUGUCUUGAAACAUCAGUGACGUGUCUUAUUCUGAAAAAUACCUCCAGUGUAACUUCAACCUCAUUUCCUUCCAAAUUGAUGUUUCUGCACUGCUAAUAGUGUGUGAAUUUACUCCAGUGAAUUAAUAAAAUUUGAUUUAUUCUUUCUUU